AGCUGUCAUCAAAACAAACGAAAAAAAAGCAAAAAAAACAUUAGCAAAUUUUCUUGGGCACGUAAACAUUUGCAAAAAUAUUUGGAAUUUCCAGCGGAAAAAUCGCUGGAAAACAACAUUAAAAGUCUAGUUUUUGUCCGUGAAUGUGCUCCGCGAAAAGUCCGAACUUGUGCUCAGUGCCGUGAGAGGAGGAGCAGGAGCAGGAGGAGGCGAAAGCCUUCUGGUCGUGAGUCAGCCAGCUCAGCAGCAGAAUGCAAAAAAUGCAUCUCUCCCAGGAUGUGUCCAGCGCUUUGCAGCAGCUUGAAAUUAUCAAGCAAACGGUGGAGGAAAUGGACCCCAAUAAGCUCCAGCUGAACGUGAUGGACGAUCUGAAGAUGGUGCUCGAUUUGCUUCAGGAUCCGGUCUUCCGGAACAUUGUCCAGAUUCAGGAUUCGUUGGCCGAGCUGAACAACCAGAUUACGCAGCAUCCGUCGAUACUUCCGGGGGAUUUCGACAUUGCCAGCAGCGGGGAGUUGGUGCUGAAUGUUCCCCCGGUUUCGGACUUGUUCGAAGCGGACUAUCCGGAUGAGCAGAGGGUACCCUCGGCGCAGAUCUCGCCCGGAAGUCCUGCCCCUCCACAUUUACAGCAGCAGCAGAAGGGGGGAAUCAUGAUGGAACAUCCGGCGCAACAACCACUGCCACCUUUACCCGUUCAAUUGCAGCAUCCGCCAGCGAUGAAGAUGACCAAUGAGCUGAUGAUGGAUAGCGGAGUCGGAGAAGAGCACCUCAAGUUGGAUUCUCACGAUGAAUCAGCACUGCUGCAAGGAAUGCACGAUGGAUCCAAACUAUCCGGUGACCUGGCUGCUGAAUGGUCCCGGAUUUUGGACAUCGAGCUGGUUAACGAUGGCACUGGGUUGGGAUUCGGUAUCAUCGGAGCACGUGCCACGGGCGUUACUGUGAAGACAAUCCUUGCCGGGGGUGUGGCGGACCGAGAUGGAAGACUGCAAUCCGGAGAUCAGAUUCUUCAGAUUGGCGACGUCAAUUUGCACGAAAUGGUAUCGGAGCAGGUGGCUUCGGUGCUGAGACAAUCGGGAACGCAUGUCCAGCUGGUAGUGGCCCGACCGAUAGAUGCCACUAAUGGAGCCAUUGAGGAGUUUGAGAAUUCUGCUAUUGUGCCAACUGCUUUGCUUGCUAAUCCGCUCAAGCUGAAGCAAUAUCUGGCAGAUUCGGGCUACCCGGAAAUAUUUAGCGUGUAUUCUAUUGCCAAUUUGGACAAGGACAGCUUUGACAAAGACAGUCCCAUUGAUUUCCCAGAGACGGAGAUUUUCACAGUUGAACUGAAGAAGGAUCAGAAUGGGUUAGGAAUAACCAUUGCUGGUUAUGUGUGCGAGAAAGAGGAGUUAUCGGGAAUUUUCGUUAAAAGCGUUUCACCUGGAAGUGCUGCCGAUCUCAGUGGUAAGAUUCAGGUGAACGAUCGCAUCAUAGAAGUUGACGGCCAGUCGCUGCAUGGGUUCUCGAAUCAUCAAGCAGUGGACGUUCUGAAGCAAAGUGGCCAUGUUGUAACGCUGUGCUUGGAACGCUACCUCCGUGGACCGAAAUAUGACCAGCUGCAACAGGCUAUUGCAGCCAACGAAAUGAAACCUCCAACGCCGGCUACUCCACCACCGGUUCUAUCGCAAGCUGAUUUGUCCAAGUACGGUAACAACAUUCUGGACAUCAUUCCGAGAACCAUUGACAAAAGAUCCCCCGAGGCCAAACUCUUCAACAACUUCAACGACGAAGAGAACAAUUUGAUGAUGAUGACUGAACCCGAUCAGCAGAUUGAAACCCUGAUGGCACACAAGAAGCUUGCCCGUGCCAAAGAUUCCAUAGAGAAUCACGAGUACCGGGAAAAGAUGAUGGAUGCAUCUAUCAUUCUCCCGCCGCCUUCAAACGUCGAAGCGGAAUUGGAUUUGCUUCUAGCGGAGACCACCAAUCAGGCGGCACUGAUCAAACAUGGCAAGCAACGCAGUUCCCUCAAGGUCAACGAAGAUACCGAGGCUUUCAUCGUCAAAAAGUGGAACAGUAUUUUGGGAUCGGAUGUUAAGAUUAUCGUGGCCAAUAUUAGGAAGUUUGCUGCUUCGAGUGGGUUGGGCAUUUCACUGGAAGGAACAGUGGACGUGGAAGGAGGUAAGGAGGUACGACCACACCACUAUAUCCGGUCGAUUCUGCCGGAGGGCCCGGUCGGACAGAAUGGUUUGCUGCGUUCGGGAGAUGAACUACUGGAGGUCAAUGGACAACGGCUGCUCGGGAUGAACCACCUGGAGGUGGUUUCCAUUUUGAAGGAGCUGCCCCAGGAUGUUUGCAUGGUUUGCGGCCGCGGCGAUCAGGAGAUGUUGCAGUUCACCGAGGAAGCGCUUAUCAACACACUGGAAGAGGAGGCCGCCAAAAGCCGCGCCGGUGGUCUCCAGAGCAGCCUGACCCCAUCGGAAAGGUUGGUGAAGGCCAAAAGCGAUGGCAGUUUGGCCACGACCGGGGGCGCCAACGAUGGCUUCUCGAAGAUCAAAUCCAGGAGCUUGGAACCGUUGACGGGAUUGGCCAUGUGGAGCUCCGAGCCGCAGAUCAUCGAGCUGGUCAAAGGUGAGCGUGGUCUUGGGUUUUCGAUCUUGGACUACCAGGAUCCGCUGGAUCCGAACGAUACGUUGAUCGUGAUCCGAUCGUUGGUUCCGGGUGGGGUGGCCCAGCUGGAUGGACGACUGAUCCCUGGGGAUAGAUUGUUGUUUGUAAAUGAUACGGUGUUGGAGAAUGCUUCCCUAGAUCAGGCGGUCCAGGCGUUGAAGGGCGCCCCGAAGGGUGUUGUUCGAAUUGGCGUUGCGAAACCGUUGCCGAUGCAGGACUCGUCGAUAACGGCAUUCGAGGGGGACAAAGGUGGCGAUGGGGGCGCAAUGGGAUAUCAUGGAAACGAUGGCAGUCGCAACUCCGUGGGAAAAAUGUUAUCCAUGAGCAAGCCAGAUAUAAUUAUGGAAUGAGAACGUUUAGUCAUAAGCAGAGAUGAAUAUGAACGCUGUAUUCAUUUGUUUAAGCAGUUAUCUGAUCUUUUACAAUUUAUCGACUUUGUUAGCUCCGUCGCGAAUGACAAGAACUUGGUCUAAAUUUGCGAGCUAAGGAAUUUGUUUCCUAGUACCUUCAAAGCAAAACCACUCUAUCUCUAUCUAAAAGGCUUUCCACCGGCGUAAGUGGCAUGCUCACCCUAUUCCUUGCCCGGUUUGCUUGAUUGUGUAGGGAUUUAUUUUAGAUACUUGGUUACCUUACUCCUCAUUCCAUCCAUUGCAUCCACGAUUCCAUCCACAAAGUAAUAUCGUUGAGUAUUAAUUCUACUUGUUUCACGUCUAAUGCACGUUCUUCAGCACUUUCCCAGCAGCCGACACGUUAGUGUGGACCUUAACGUUGAAUAUCUCAAGAGAAAUCAAUCACACCGUGGCACUCACAUCCAUUCACAUCUCAUCCAAAUAACUCAUGCAUCACUCACUCAGUUUGAGUCGAAAAAAGAAAAAGUUAAGAACUCAUUGAUUUUUGUUUGUUUGAUUUGAAACCGUUCAGUACUUUGUCGUAUGAUUUGCGCUUUCACAACUUAUGGUGAGAAUAAUAGAACACAAAUCAGUGUAUUCAUUUCUGACUUAUGACGUUAUAAUUGGAGGAUUGAUGAGAACACAAACGAAAAAAUCAACCAACGCGAAAAGAAAUACGGAAAACGAGAAUCAAUCAAAUCAAAAUGGAAAAUUUGUCUGAAAGCUGAACUGAAGCGGAAUUUGUUGAAUAACUAAAAAUACCACGUCGGCAUGUUGGCGCAUGCUGCUCAAGACGUUGGUGAUCGUAGUGCCGUAGUGAAAUCACGAGUGUCGAUGUGCGAUUUUUUUCAUAGAAAAGCGGUUAAAAAUCAAAGCAGAGUGUUUAGAGGCCUAAUAGUGAGUAGGGAGAUGUGGUUUCGCAGUGUGCAGUGGGGUCGAGUAGCUUGGAGGGUUGGGGACGCCUAAGAAAUUCAUCGUACACUACAGUUUUCAGUUGCUUACUUUUGAAGCACAUUGAGCACAUAACAAGUGCGAUCAGCAGUGCGGAAUUGCGAACAAAAGUGUGGGAUUACGUCGGAUCGAUUUGGUGUGUUCAUCGCACUUAUUCAGCAUGAGAUGACGAAUAAGUGCAGUGAAGACAUCAUACCUAUCCGAUUCAAUCCCGUACUUCUAUUUGCGAUUUCGCACUUAGGGGUCCAGUAAGCAACGCAAUUUAUAAUAUAACCGACAAUAUUCUGCUUAUCCUUGCUGUUAACUUCCGACAGAAGAAGCAUUUUUCAUAGCGAUAUUACGGAAAACUUGAAAAUAUAAACGUUGGUUUGCCAACUGAGAAAGUUGAGUAAAUAGUUAUUCAAACACAUCAGAUUUUUCUUCUCAGUAGUGCCCAUCCUUCAGAAAUUUAGAGAUAACGCGAACUAAACUGUAACACCUUCAGGAAUAUUUGUAGAUUGCUCCAGAAACUCGUUCAGGAGUUUUGCGAUUUUUCUCAAUAAAUAUAUCUAAUUUUUUUUCUUACAAAAAGUCCAACUGAUAUUCAGCAAGAAACACUCCUAAAAUACAACAUAAAUUGCUGCAGAAAUUUGUCUAUGGGUUUUUACAGAAAUUCUGCCAUACGUACCCAGCCUGCAAAAUUCAGCCUCGGGGCGAACGUUAAGCAGCCCCCCUGCUAUAAUCCUCCACCAUAGCGUUGGUCAAUAACUUUUGGAGCUUUAUCCUAAAUUAUGCCUAAAUUAAUUGUUGGUAUGGUCGUCAAUAUGAAUCCUCCAAAAAUAUUUGAGCUUUUGAACCCACUGCACAAAACCACUUAGAAAUAAUAUGCUACCCUUCGACAAUGUUGCAGUAAAUCAAAGUGUGUUACCACCACUGCGAACGUAUCUCGUCGGAUUAUAAAUGGUUUGUCGAAAAACAGUGCCAACAUGGUUACACGAGAAUGGAUUCUGCCAGUAGGGCACACCGUCUGAUAGUGCUAUAUUCCGGUUCACGCUUGAACGAAGUAGAAUUCGAAUUCCUUCAUUAGAGAAAAACAAAAAUCAUUCGAACAAAUAGACUCACACUUUUGUAGAUCAGUAGAAUAGCUCGUCCGUAGAGUUGAACUCGUAUAUAUUACGACAGAAAAAAAAAUCUAUUUUCUCCGCAAAGGGAAUUCAAUUCGAAGCUAAAUGCAAGGGAUGAAGAAAUUUUCCACUCAAAUGCAAUAAUUUACCCUCAGCAUUAGUUAGAAUACCGAAGAACGAAUAAGUACGUAGAUCAUCCACAGAAACUCUCACAAAUUCAUCGUUGACCCUUCAUUAUCGGUGGUCAUCCUUGUGUAUUCAAAAUGUGUCAAAAAUUGUUAACGUAUUCAUAGAACGAACAGAACAAAUAAAAAUCAAUCAAACACGCAGAGUGAACCCCGCAUUCCAUCCCCGGCACGUACGAACACACAAGCACUUGCACAUAAAACUAUCACAAGAGGACACCUAACACCAAACAGUAGGAAACUAUUUCCCACAACAACUCAUGUAACUGUAUUCUGAUAAGGUAUUUUGAUAAAAAAAACGAAAGACUCUUUUGUCCCUAUAAUUGUACCCUCUAUUUAUUCUCUUCUCUAUUUUUACGCGUCCACCUAUAUAUUAUACAAAAUCGAAUAACUAAGAACGAAGCAAACACAAAACUGAACUCAGAUAUUUACUUAAAUGCCUUCUGUUGCAGUUGUACUUAUUGAACGGAUUUUUCUGUCAUAGCCAAAAUCAAACCCGUUGAACAGACUUGAACGUUAUAAAAAUUCGAAUAAAUAUUUAAUUAUUGAUUGAAGCAACAAUAUGAAAGGAAAAUCAACAGGAAUCACAUUACUUAAUGUAAAUUUAAAUUUAUUGACUAUUGAAAUAUUGAAUAUGCGAAUGCAAGCAAAAAAAAAAUAACAAAUAUAUUAU